CGCAUUACGACCGGAAGUAGCUCCGUUCUCACUUCCAAAACAGACAUGGCAGCCGUGUGAAGGAGACAAACAUCAACGUUUGAGUAAUUUCCCACAUAUUAAAUCAUAUUUCCUUGAACUCUCUUCAUCAACAUGGGAGGCGGCGAUCUUAACUUGAAGAAAAGCUGGCAUCCACAGACGCUGAAGAACAUCGAGCGUGUGUGGAAAGCCGAGCAGAAACACGAAGCUGAAAGGAAGAAGAUCGAAGAGUUGCAGAAGGAGCUGAAAGAGGAGCGAGCUCGAGAGGAGAUCACGAGAUAUGCGCAGGAAACCGGUGCAGUCAAGAAGAAGGAUGAGCGUCUGGACUGGAUGUAUCAGGGCCCAGGGGGACAGAUCUCCCGUGAGGAGUACCUCCUGGGUCGUCCCAUUGAUAAGCAGAUCACACAGCAGUACGAAGAACCCGAGAGCGGGCCUUCUGCUGAAACCGGCCUCCUGCCCGGCUCCAUCUUCAACUCCACCACCUCUAUGUCCAGCAUGGACAUGGCCUCUAAGAUAAGAGAAGAUCCACUGUUUGAUAUCCGUAAGCGUGAGGAGGAAAAAAAGAGAAGCAUUCUCACCAAUCCUGUUAAAAUGAAAGAGAUACGCAAAAUGUUACGUGAGAAUUUAGAUAAGGAGAAAAAGAAGAAGAGGAAGAAGGACAAGAAGGAAAAGCGAGAUGAAAAGGAAAGGAGGAAGGAUAAGAAACACAAACGGAGGAGUUCCAGCUCUGAUGAGGAAGACAGGAAGCACAGGUCAAGGGAAGAAAAUGGAGUCACAAACUCUCAUUCACAUCACAAAUCUGGCUACGGACUGCAGUUACCAGCAGGCAGGUCAUCUCAGUCAUCAGAGUCGACCCACAGGAGGGACCGGAGUCGCUCUCCGCUGGGUUCCAGAGAGGAAAAGAGGAAUCGUUCACCUCACAAUCCCGACAGGCAACACAAAUCUAAAGCUCCGAGCCCUUCGAGACCAAGAGAGCGCUAUCACAGACCACAGAGCACCAACCACAGCAAGCGUCUCUCGGCUGAAGAGCUGGAGAAGAGGAGGAAAGAAAUGAUGGGCUUCGCCCGUGAGAGAGAGGAGGAGAGAGAGAGCAACGUGCACAGGUACAAACGACAAGAGGAGCAGGAGAAAGAAAGAGACAGCAAGACCAAACAAAGCGGCCAGGCCACGUUCAUACAUAACAUGAAGCUGGAGAGUGCUGCCACCUCGUCCGUGGAGGAUCGGGUGAAGAGGAACAUCCACUCCAUUCAGAGGACCUCUGCCUCUCUGGAGAAGAACUUCAUGAGAAGAUAAAAAGUGGCAGAAGAAGGCAUGCUGUCAUUACAGGUGCUCGGCCACGUUCACCAGCAGUGACGUUCCCACAGCGCUCAAAUCUGAAACUUGUACAGAUAAUUUUAUUGCAUAAAAGUUGCUUAAACCAUGUGUAUAAUGUGCCUAGUGGUCCAUUUGUACAGGAAAAAAUAGGCUUGUCUUUGUCAUGGUUUGUAUUUUGACCAGUUUUAUUUUGAAUUUUAAUUCAUUAAUUUCAGUGAAUUUUUGUAUUUUAAGAGAUUAAAAAAAAAACAUGGACUAGA